AUGCCCCGUUUAUCACAACUCUCUGACUUCGGUCCAUCUAACCGUGCCUGUAUUCUCAAACGCAUAUAUGGAGAAGAUCAUCGAAGCAACUUUCAUGUCUUUGAGAAAGAUGGGGAAACAAAAGAGCGAGGAACAGGGCUAAGACCCAGAAAAUUGUUUAAAUGUAAAGUUGGAAAUCAGGGCUUUAACCGAGAUGCAGAGUUUCUGACCCAAGUCACUGGUGAUCAUUCUUCUAUGGACAACUGGGAGCUGAAUGAGCCAAACAUGGGAAUUAUUUGUCAACAGUUUAGGAAAGAACUUCAGAGUAAAUUCCAGAAACACUCUCAAAGGAUUGAAGCUUUUACGAAAUUUUCUCUGAAAUCUGCUCAACAAAGGAUGACAUCAACAAGCCUUCAGAUCCAAAGCUACAGGUUACAGAGAUUGAACAAAUUUCAAACAAUUUUCACCCAAGAACUAGAACGGUUUGAAAAAGAUUCUCAGUCACUAAAGAUGAUGGAAAAAGAACUGACAAAUGUCUGGAAGAACCAUUCUCAAGCAUUUAGUGAAUUGAAGGAAAAUGAAGAGCAAAGAAUUCAACAUUUGAAAUCAUCCUUUGAAAAUAACUUGUGUCACAGUGUGGAUUUUGAAGAACAGAUAUUCAGUAAUGAGAUGCAUUUGAUGAGGAAAGACAUGAAAACCGUCCAAGACAGACUUCUAAAGGAAAUGCAAGAAGAAGAGCUGGUGACAGUCCGAAGAGGGUUGCAGUCCUUCUUUCAGUCUGAAACUAUGCGAUUUUAAAAAGUGUCAAUCUCAGGCAAAAUUAUCUAUGUGCAAGUUUAGAACUGUGUAAUGUUACAGUGUUCAGUGUUUCUUUAUUCAGUUAUGUGCUAAUUUGUGAGUAGAAAAUAUAUUAAAUUGAAUAAAGUAUAAUUCUGUAUGUACAAAAUGCCCCAUUCAGGGCUAGUAAUUCAACAGUUCUGGGUAUGCAUCAUCCUAAUGCCUUUAUAGUUAAAGAAAAUAUUGCAUGUUUUAUUGUCUCAUUCAUUUCCCCAGGGUCAAAAGUACUGCAUGAGAUAUUAUUCAAAACUCUGAUUCUAUUUCACUUAAUACAGGAAAAAGAAACAAAUAAAAAUAUAAGUAUAAUUAAACAAUUGAUGCGACCUGACUACAGGUCGACAACAUAAACCUGGCAACAUUGAAGCUAACAUAUAAAAUUUUUGAAUUGCAUAGCCAGUACUUAGUUAUUUGUUAGCUGGCUUCAAUAUAUUAAGGAACAAGG